AUGGGGCAGCGCCACCUGGCGGGCGUGCUGGUAGCGGCGGAUGACGUCAAGGUCGAUCUUCGGCCCUGCCUCAUUACCAAGGCAGCGAUUGAACAGGACGUGUCGACGGUCUCGGAAGCGUAUCUUUUGAGCGAGCUCUUCAAGGGUUUCUGGGCCGCAUCUCAGCACGUUAUUAUUGACACGGGAGACGGCGACUUCGAUCUUCUCAUCGACGGCGAUGAGAACCACGGCAAGUGCAGCGCGAUCUUUGUCGGGUCCCAGCCUUCCGUCGGGGAGGACGGUGUGACCGGGCAAUAUGAACAACUGUUGGCGUACUCGGCGAAGUUUCAGGUCCGUGUGGUGUUCUUCGACAACGCCGAGACGGCCGAUUUGCCCACCAUCACAACCAAGAUCGGGAUUCAGCAACACUUCUCGGACACUUUGCUCGCAGCGGCAGGCAUCAGGCUGGCAGACUCGGAUGCACGAGUGGUGAACCCAGCGCUUCAAACAGACCCUGCAGAGAUUUAUUACCGCCCUGUGAGGGUAUCGGGUGACCCUACAGGCGGCGAGCGCACCAUCGUCGCAGACCUCGUCGAUAGCGAUGGGCAGUCCAUCAGCGAUACGGACGGCAUCUGGGACCCCAGCAGUACUAUGGAAACCCCGGGCGCCUCGAUGGCCGCGGUCACGUUCAAUGGCGAAGACGGGUCCGAGGAGAUGCACGUGUUCUUCGCCAUGGCCUGGUUCCAUAUGGAGUCGUGGGCGUGGGCGCACUAUAUCAUGGAGUGGACCACUCAGGGGGUUUUCCAGGGCGAGCGCCGCUUCUGGCUUGGCGCGAUGGUUGACGACCACUUCCUCGGAACGAAUCCUUUCGUGUACGACGGCGAUUCAAAUGCGAGCGAUGAAGAAGAGCGGAUCUCGGGCGAGGAGCUCGAGGACUUCCUCAGUGCUACGGAAGCACUGAACAAACUCUACAACGCCGAGAUCAUCACCGAGUUCCCCUUCAACGCCCUCGGCAUCCUCGAAAAGGCGGAAACGGAGUACACGUUUACCUUUGAAGAUGCUGACGCGGCGUUGCUGGCUAAGGGAGAGCUCCCCGUAGACAACGACGACGGCACGGUCGGACUUGCGCCGACGAAAACACCCGAAGACUGGUUCAACACGGUCACGAUGGAGGGCCUAACGGCAGAGUUCGAUUCUUGGAAGGAGAAAGACGACCUCUUGCAGGCAUCACUGGACAUGAAAGAAGAUUUCUUCUGGCACAGCCACACCCUUUCGCACCAGGCUAGAGACAACCUCGGCCAGGUCGACUGCGAGUCUGAGGACGGUGGGAACGCUCAAAUCGCCGUCAUCACGGGACUCUUCGACGCGGACACGUACGGAUGGCGGAGCAUGACUACGCCGGGCAUCACCGGCCUCUACAACAAGAACUGCCUCAAGUCCGCAAUGGACAACCUCAUCACCUGUGCCCCCGGAGACAACACCUACAUCGGAGCCCCCACGACCACCAUUGUACCGCGCUUCGCCACCUUCGUGUACUACAACUGCAGGACCUCAGACUGCCUCGUCUUGGAGAACUUGUUCAUCCGCCGCACUGUUUGUGGCUGCACGGACGUCGACCCGGGCACCAUAGACAACCUCAACCUCGAGGACAUUGCGGGCUGUGACUUCUCCGAGGACAGCCUGUGCCCCAACGGGCUCGAGGCCUUCGGGACGGCCGACGCUCUCUUCGACGUGGAAGCCGAAACCACCACUCGCUGGAUUCUGAACGGUCGCAGGGACAAGUACAUGUUCCACCAGGCGAACGUCGUCCCCACGUCGACCCCGCUGGGCGAGAUGUCACUGCUGGAGUACUGGUACGAGGUCGUCCUGGAGAAGAUGGCCCUCUACCUCAACCUGCAGGGAGACGACCCGUUCCCGGUCAAGUCCGUCAAGUUCGACGACCUCUGCACCAACUUCAAGCACCACGAGGACCUGGAUGGCUCCAACGCGCUGGUGACCAUCACCAAGACCUCCGACGGAGACAUCUCGGGUAUGGAGCUCAGCAACACUGGAGGCAGCGCCGGGGUCAUCCCCGUCACGGUGCCGACGAGCUUUGCCGACAAGGUAUCAACGGAGGGGCUCCCCGACGGACAGCCGUACUCCAAGGAGAUCUACGGAUCGGACUUGACAUUCUACGUGGCGUCCAGCUCGGACGAUGUUCCCCCCGCCGUGGUCAAGCCAACAGCUGCGGACCUCGCGGCCGUUCCGGCACCGGUUCUUGCUACCCUGGCGCCCACUCCCGCGCCUACUCCCGCGCCUACUCCCUCGCCCACCUCUGAGAGUGUUACGUGCUCCUGGUACACGAUCCUGUGGUGCUGGUGGUGGAAUUGGCUCUAG